CUUUAAAAAAUAUGUAUUUACAUUACAGUGUACAUCAACACCAGUCACUGUGGAAACUCUCAUACCCCUCGUGACGUCAUCAUGGCGAGGUCUCGACGCUAAAACACAGUACCAAGCCGUCUUACUACUCGGGCGAACAUUACGAGCGAUAGAGAGAGGCGAUACUGGCGAGAAUGAGAGCAAAAGAGAACGAAGUAAAGUUGCUGCUAAGAAUGUUAUUGAUGUGAAAGAAAAUAAUGAAAAAGUUACUGAAACAAAUGGUAAAGAUAUCGGAGAUGUUGAUAAACAAAAUAGUACUUCUGUGUGUGAUAAAGAAAGUAAUGAUUAUAAAGGUGACAUGUCUAUAGAAAUAAUAGAAAGUGAAAAAGAUAUGUCUACGAAUAAAAUAGCAAGAGUCAAUGAUACAUCAGUAAAUGACAGAGAAAAUGAAACUCAUAAUGCAGAUGAUAAAGAAAAAGGGGACCUUACAAUCCUUAGUGAGAAUUUGGAGGAAGUGUUAGCAACCUUAGAAAAUGAUAGUGACAUGGCUAUAGACAAUGAGGUAAUAACACUGGAAGACACUAUUAUUGAGACAGAAAAAGGCAGUGAUAAUAUAGCGAGUAAGAAAGAACAAGUCUCAGUGACAGACCUUGUAGUUACAGCAAACAUUCAAGAGAGUCUUGCGACAGAAAAGGAAAACAAUAUGCUCUCUGGUGAGCUAGACGGAGAUGCAGAAUUAAAUACUAAAAACCCAGAAGUAAUGGAAACAAAUGAUGUUAACGAAAAUAAACAACCAAGCGAAGAUGAUGUUAUUGAAGUUAAAUUAGAAAGUGAAGUUAUUUCUAUAACCGAUGAUGAAGACGUAGUAAUGUUAGAAAGAGAUGCAGAUAACAGUAUGAGUGGUGAUGGAAUAGCUUUAUCCAAUAAGAUUAAAGUUCAGAACUCUAGUGAAUCGGAGCUUCUGGCGACUUUGAAACAUCUGACGACACAGUCGGCAAACAAACAUCAUCCAGAUAGAAUGAAGGUGGUGGUAGGUGUGGACAAACUACAGCUUCUGCUGGGUAACGGAUGGUAGCUGUCUACUGGUCUAGGAUAGAGGAUUUUCUGUGCCUUAUUAAUACAUAGACAUUAUAAUUAUUAGGUAUGCUUGGCAGGGCCAACGAUUGAUAAAAAUAAGUGGUUAAAUAAGACUUAAUUAACAAAACUCACCGAGUGCACAAGUUAAUUAAAAUCGGUUCAGCCUUUUCUGAGCAUUAAUACGACAUAAACAGACUCCCCUUUUGGUGGGUUUAAAU